AGAGAUUCGAACCCGCAGCACUGACACCUUUUAUCAAGGGUUUAUUUCAUUUCGGUUCGGACUGUGUUUUGCAGCUCCGUCAUAAGUACAGUGAUGCAGCGUUCACAUGCUCCGUGGAUUUAAUGUAGAGAGAAACACCGCAGCACUGGAGCUGCAACACAGCGAUUCUGAUACUGAGGUUAUUCAAUAUCAAUCAUCAGUUUAUUCUUAUAAAUAUGCUUUUACUCUCUAAUGUAGUGAAAUAUCUCAUUAAUAGAUGAGUAUCGGUAUCGACAUCAGGUAAACAUCAUCAUCAGUGAGACAAGAAGACACUCAGCAGUACAAACAUCAUGAAUCGGCUUUGUAACAUGAACAAUAACUUCCCCUACGAUAACAGUCAGCUGGUGCUGGAUAUGGUUCUGGGGUCUCUGUGGGGAACGACACAACCGAUCAACUGGGAGAGCGUAGCCAGCCUGGUUCCAGGUUUCACACCCAAAGAGUGUGCGCGUAGGUUUGAUGAGCUGAAGAACACCGGGACUUUUCCUCUGGUGGAUGAGCAGUGUAACACAGUGACCAGGGUCAGCGGCUCCCCGGCGGAACCGCUGUCGGCGUAUAUCAGAUCCACGUUAUUAGAUCUGACUGGAGAGACUGGUGAGAUACUGACCAGUCAGAACGCUCUCUCAGUAACAGGGCUGACCAUGACCCCCGCCGUUCGAGGAGCCAGUGCUGAGACCGACGGCGUAGCGGCUGAAGAGGACGGAGAAAAGGACGACACAGAGAAAAGCCCCACCAUGGUGAUCCACGUAUGCGACGAAGCGAAGAACCUGAAGCAGGACUUCGAGUGUCCGCGCGACCUGCUGGUCAGGGAGAUGUGCUACUUCGCCGAGUAUCUGUCCAUGGACGCUCAGCGCUGGGAGGAGGUGGACAUCUCGGUGCACUGCGACAUCCAGAUCUUCGACUGGCUCAUGAACUACGUCAAGAGGAACUCUGGGGAAUGUGAACCCGGGAGGCGCGUAGAGAAGCCCAGACUGGAGCCCAGCAAUGUCAUCUCCAUCCUGAUCUCAUCCGAGUUCUUGAAGAUGGAAGCUUUAGUGGAGGAGUGUAUUCAGUACUGUCACCAAAACAUGAGCGGCAUCGUCGCCACUCCGUGCAACAUGAGCUGCAUCAACAGCAACCUGGCGUCACGCCUCGCCCUGCGCUUCACGCACAGCCAGGCCGACGACAUCAAGGACAAAAAGGACAAGUUUAAAAGUACAUUGUUCCAGAAGAAGAUUGAGAAGCUGUUUGAUCCCGAGUACGAGAACCACGACUCUCCAGGAUGUGCUGCGACUCUCUACAGAUGUGGUCUUUGCCUCAAGCUUCUGACCAGAGACACGGAGAGGAAGAUCUCGUGUGUUCCAGGCAAAAUCAACAUCGACCCACGCGGGAACAUUGUCUAUACGCACAGCAGACACAAACACUGGGAUGUUCACGAGCACCUGAACAGCUUAUAUGAGGAGCUGAAAUCGUGGGUGCUGGUUUAUUGGAGGAUCUGGGGGGCCAUCAACUACCUCACCUGCUCCCGCUGUAAACAGGUGUUUCUCUGCUGUGAGCUGGAUCAGUGCCGGUAUCACCCGGAGGCCGCGGUGUACCCGGGCGUGGGCGCCGAUCAGAGCUGGCACGGUGCCGGUUUCUAUCCCUGCUGCAAACAGAGGGCGCUGCGCUUCGACCCUGCCGCCAUGCCCAAGGGUUGUAAGAUAAGGGACCACGUGGUACACACGGUAAACCGAGAGGACACUGGAGACCUGAACUCGGCCCAAACCCGUGUUCUGAACGACCUGCUGCUCCACAGAGAUGCCGUGUGUGCGACCACUGCGCCACCUACUGACAGUGCUGCUGAGUCGCCUAAACAGGCCGAGCGAGUCCAGGACUGUGACAUCACGCUGGAACCCGGAGUCCUGAGUCUGUCGAGGGCCGGGGAAAUCACAGCGUUUUCACUUCUGAAGAACUGGAGUCUCCAGCUGUGCAUGUACCUUUCACAGCGCCAGCAGGCUUUGCUGUCCGAGGACGAGGACUACACCACAGGGUCCGAGGUCACCGAGGAUGAGGUGGGGGAUGAAGAUGACACCUCGAAGAAACAAGCUCCGAAGAAGGCAAGAAAGCCUGGCAGACCUUUAAAAAGACAAGUGUCGUCCCCGAGCAUACUGCACAGAGAGAAAACUGGAGAGAAGGCUUCUUCGAAUGACUCAACACCGUUCACAGUGAUCAUGCAGAAAAGUAAAUGGGACAGCACUCGCUCCAUGAGGUUUAACCAGGACGCCCAACGAGAGGAAGAUCAAAGAAGGAUGGUGGACAUGAUCGAGCACCUCACCAAACUGCGCUUCGGAGAUUUAGAGCAAAACAAGUCGAAGGAUCCUAAGGAGUUUGCAGGAGGUAUCUACUCCAGGUUGGAGGCCCAGGUUAAAAGCUCCACUCAGACGAGCGGCCGACAAGACAGAGCGCUCCGGCCAAAGACGCGCUCCAGCCAGUCUAGACCAACAUAAGAUGUGAAGACGGAAUGGAGGACAGACAACUUCUGUAUCCACCCUGCAUCCCUCUUUGGAAGCCUCUUCAGAGCAUAAUCAGGGAGGAGUGACUGAUGGUGGGCUUUGAUGUCACGGAGUCCAGUGCCAGCCUGAGGAACCUGAGGAACACACAGUAGAAUGAGCAGCUUUUUUGCACUGCUAAUGACAUUUCGUUAUCACACGCUUCAUUAACCUGUCACAUGCUGUCUGUCUGGUUCAUGUUCCUCCUGUAAUGAUCUCUGGUGAAGCACCUCUUCGCUAGAAUGACCUGCACUUUAACCCGUAAUAACUAACAGCACCCAAACUACCCGGAUGAGCAACUUCUGAAUAAAGAAUGGAGAAAUUCA